UUGUAAUGCGCAAGGCACUAAACCCGUAACCCUAUCUUAUUUUCUUCGCCUCACAGCCACAAGCCCACAAAUCGCCGUCUCCCUCACUUCUCUUCUCGUUAACGCCGUCCCUCUCUCUGCCAUCUCCGCCUAAAUUGCAAAUCGAAUCGGCGCCGCCUUCUAUGCCAUCUACCCUCCUCACAGACUGAAACAUCGUCUCCCUCACCACCGCAUCUCACUCAUUGCGCAAAUCGUCGUGUCCAUCUCAGGCGCAAAUCGUUGUCUCCCUCUCCGUCGUUUGUCAUUCCUUGAAUGCCCACCUUCUCCAUCAUCUGUCAGUCCACUAUCGUCUCUCUUUCUCUCUUUGGACUCAAACACUGGCACAACGCAGGGUUCUUCAUUUCUUCCAUUCUUCAAUUUGAUUGCUGAUGGAAAAAUUGACUUUGAAAAGUAUCCUUUUGUGGGGGAGUACGUUGUUGCUUAUAUGCUUAGGAGAUUUUGGAUCGAGGCCUCAUGCACAGUGCCAUUUCAUAACCAAUACCCGGUAAUGUAUUCUUGUAGCAUAUGUUAUUUUACUUCCAUUUCUCCUAUUUCAUGCUUGUAAAAAUUCGUUAAUAUCUACAAUUAUAUACUCCCUCCGUUCACUAAAACUCUUUCUCAUUUUUUUCGCUCUCACUAAAACACUUUCCUUUUUUGAUUAAAAUGACUAAUAUAUCCAAAUAAAGUGAUUGCAAUAUACUCCAUCCAUUUUGCAUUGAUAUAACAAGUUAUUCAAGUGAUUUGUCUCUCUUUUCUUUUCGACACUAAUGAUUUAAUUGGAAAGUCAAAUUACAAAAAUAAAUCCUGCAAAAGUCAAAACAAGAGCUGUUUUGGUGAACGGAGGGAGUAUAAAUUAUAUCGUUGGAUAGAGUUUAAUUGUACGAUCGCAACGGUGCAAAUGGAUUUCAAUUCGGAGAAAGUUGGAACAAAAAGUGUACCCGGACUGGGACCAAAAUUAGUCCCAAUCAGGGACGGCGCCUCCUACUCCACUCAGCCGAUGGAAGAUGCAUUCCUACGCAAAUCCUACGCAGCAACAUUGUCACCUUCCCCAUUUUCUUCCUAUAUAAGCAACAAUCAACCUUCUCAUUCCUCACCAAAAAUUAUGAAUUAAGUAUCAAUGUGUUCACAAGAGUAAGGAGAGCAAACUGGUGUUGUUUGUUGCCGCCGUAGUGGCCGGAGUUGGGAGUAAUCGUCACCGGAAGAUUCGCCGGAAAAUCUUCAAAACCUUCAUUUACCUUCGAGAUAUGCUUACUCAGCUUUACCGCUGAGCGUGUAGUGUGUUUUAUUUGCUACAUGCAGGUCAAUAGAUUGAUGUGACGUGAUCCUGGAGGCAGACGGAGGCGAGAUAGUCGGAAUGGAUGUGAUGGUUUUGAAUUAAAGAAUAUAAAUAAAUUAUGUUUGUGGUUAUGAUUUGUUAAGCUUCCUCAAUAUUGAAAAUUCUGGCUAUCAACAGGUGAUGGCCAUGAUGCAACAAGCAGGGGGCUUCAUGCCAUUUGCCUAUCCUGGCAUGACGCCGCCAAUCAUGCCACCUCCGGUGUUGACCCCAUCGACAUUUGUACCUAGGAUGGUCCCUAUACGCCCGGUGAAUCUGACGGGGACCAUGAAUGAAGCAGCACCAUCAAAUGUCCAUGAGGUCGAUGAGGCAGAGCAAGAGGCGGCCCGCAGGAGGAAGGGUAAGGCUAUAGCCAAACCCAGCAAGACCCGAGAUUCGGCGUUCAAACGCCUAGGGGACAAAGAGGAUGGGCCCCGCAAGUCUGCCAAACUACGUCUUGGUCCUGAGACGGGCCGGACUAGCGCAAUGGAAAGACUUGGAGGGAAUCGUCCCGCCCAAUCUCGUCGUUCUAGGGAAUCUGAGACGAUUCACCUAGACGAGGAGGAGGCUGAAAGCCAGCCCAGGGCAUCGGCAUAUACCAGGCUCUCAUAUGAUGAGGAUGACCUUGACAAGAUAGGGAGCGUAGCGAGAAAGCUACGUGCCCUGGAGAAAAAGGUGGACGAGAAGGCGGGAGCAAAGAAGCACACCCGGGCCAAAUCACCCUUUUCGGCCAGGGUACAUGCACAAAAAUUGAGGCGGAAGGUCAAACUGGACGUGGAGAAAUUCACUGGAAAGGAGGAUCCAAAUGUCCACCUUGACACCUUCCACAAUGCAGCACAGAUGGCCGGGUGCACUGAUGCUGAUGAGUGCUUGCUCUUCUUCUCAUCCUUGAGAGGGAGGCCUGUGGAAUGGUUUAACGGCCUUCCCCAUGGCAGGAUUGGGUCCUUUGAGAAACUUGCUGAAGUUUUCCGCAAGAAGUACCAGGACAACUGCAUUAAGAGGAAGAAGUUCACCUACCUUAACACGGUAGGGCAGAGGGAGAAGGAGUCCUUGACUCAAUUUUUAACCCGCUGGAGGGACGAGGUUGACAAGGUAGAAGAGAUGGAUGAUAAGACGACCAUGUCUUUACUGAUGAAUGCCUUCCAGUCGGGUGACCUCUACACUGAAUUUUGUAGAAGGCCACCCUCCUCUUAUCAGGAAGCCUAUAAUACGGCAUGGGAAUACGCCGAGGCGGAGGCCGUGCUCAAGGAGAUGGCCUUGAACGGAGAGCUGGGGGAAGGUUAUGCAGCGGGGAAUAAAGAUCCGAAAGCGAACACCUGGACCCGUCCUCAUGGAAAAGACCAGGGGAGGAAAAAAUCUGAGAAGGAUAACAACAAGCCGGAUAAAGAAUUCAUCGAGAUGAUUGUCGGCGGCCCAGAAGGCGGGGACACUGCCUCCCAGCGGAAGAAUUGGGCCAGGAGCUUGCACGUAGCGGUGGUUUCCCUGGAAUCACAAGGGAAGCAGGCAAGGAGGGAACCUAUCACUUUCACUGAUAGGGAUCUGCCCAGGACGGGGGGAGAUCAUAAUGACCCUUUGGUUAUUACAAUGGAUAUCAAUGGAGCUGAUGUGGCCAGGGUCCUGGUUGACACAGGAAGCAGUGUCAAUGUUCUAUACUUAAAUGCUUUCAAGAAAUUGAAACUGGACAGGUCCAUGUUGAGACCGUUGCAAACUCCAUUGUCAGGCUUCACUGGAGCUAGCAUAGAAGCGGAAGGUCAGAUCACCUUACCGGUUACCUUGGGGUCGGGUAACAAAACAGUAACCAAGCAAAUGAGAUUUGUUGUGGUUGAUAUCAAGUGUGUACAUAAUGCCAUUCUUGGUAGACCUGGAAUCAACCAGGUCAGGGCCAUCAUUUCUAUGGCACACUUAUGCAUGAAAUUCCACACUCCCAAUGGAAUCGGGGAGGAAAGGGGUGAUCAAAAGAAUGCCCGGUCCUGCUACCUGGAAGCAGUCAAGAAAAUGACCCGCCAAUUCGAACAAAUUGAAUUGGUCUCCCAGCAAGCAGACAAGGGAGAGGAGAAGGCUAGAAUCGAGCCGGAUGCAAACAGAUUGGGGCUGAUCUUCAGGAGGAGUUAAGGACUGAGGUUGUCCAGGUGCUGACCAGGUAUAAAUCUUUGUUUGCCUG